CUUUCCUUAGCACUAUGAUCCCGCGUGCACAUCGCGCACUGUCCUACUGACAAAGUGUCUACGGAUCAUAUGGUCAGACACCCUCCGCCACCGGAGACAGUCAUCAGUUGGAUUCUGUGCGAAACGGAACGUGAGGUGUUUGAAUCGUGAAUAUUGUCCCACGCACGAUUCAGAAAGUGUUUGCUGCGGUUCAGUUUCCAAAUCCACCUGAUUGGAUCUUGAACUUGAAGCAGGGCUACUUCUAUCACUUGGUCAACCUUGAUCAUGGAGCGGAUAUUUAGUGGAUACAUCAAGGCGCAUGGAUAUGCGAUCGCGGCAGCUUCCCUAACGUUUGGAUGUAUCUUCGCCGUGAAUGUGAUCCAGCUCGAAAAUUUCCCGCACUCUGCUAGAUUGUUUGAGAUUGACGGCGACGGCGAGGAAGAUGCCAACAGUGACGACGACAUCGAUGUUGAUCGGAUAACUGCCGGAGACACGUACUUCCGAAUGCAACCAAUGGGACAGUUGAUAUUCUCGCUGGCCUGGGUGCUGGCGGGGACGAUCUUCUUGCUGGGGCUUCUGUUCGAGAAGAAAAAGACGAUAAUGCCGUUCGCCACCGUGUUUGCCAUCGAUUGGAGCGUGAUUCUGAUACGACAUCUGACGCGGCUGGAGCAUGUGAGCUUCCAGGAGUUGAUGUUUUCAUCCGGCACAGCUGUAUUAGUUGUUAUUCCCAUGUACGUGGGCUUCACAUUGGCUGCCCUCUACCGAUUGUUCGAUUUACGCGCUCGAGAACGGGCCCGGCAGGUCGAAGAGAACGAAGACUUAGAAAACGGUCGAAAACCGGUCAAAUUCAUCCUGGGUGAUGAGCUGGACGACUCCUGGAUCAGCUAGUCCACGACCAUUUUCCUUUAUGCUUAAGUUUCAGUGUUAACCACUGUUUAGUAUUAACAUCCCUCACUAGUAACAAAACAUGUGAUUUCUCACUUGCUUGUAUAUAUUUUCACUUGUAAGAAAAGGCCAAUUAAAAUCAUCUCAUUGAACUAGA